AUGUCGGAGGAGUCUGAAGUAGAGGUGCUGCAGGACCCCUUGACGUAUACGCGGGCCAUUUACAAGGAUCCUGGCGCCCGCUGGGUUGUUGGACUCACACCUGUGGAGGUGCUACGAGCAACACGAUUCCCGCAUCGAGACGAUGCAGCCAUGGACGGAACGAGGUUUCCAAAACUGGAGAAUAGAUGGUAUGAGGGACGGUUUGAAGCUUGGAUGCGCGUGCCAGUUUUGCUGGGUUUGCUGUGCCUCGUUGAGCCUGUUUCCCGUAUUGCCAAGGGGAUCACAAGACAUCCCCUAGACUUCCCGUAUGUGGAGGAAUCAUUGUGGGAUUACGCUAGAAGGCCAAACGAUGGAGUGGCGGACUUUUUAAUGAGGGCAUGGUGCCUCUGGGUUACGUCGUCUCUCACUGCCCUGUUUACUCUGACACUCUCAUGGAAGUUUGGAACUGCCGCACGAAACUUUUGGACACUUUGUGGAGUAGGUCUCUCUCUGUUGUCUUUCAUGGCGACGAUUGCGCAGUUGUUUAUGUUGUUGGUGGCUUGUGGCGAGUCGGCAGGAAGCAAGAUGGAGGAGUGUGACGUUCCUUUCGUCCUGUAUUGGACCUUUAGCGUAAUUCGCCUGGGUGGCCCACUGUUUGCCGUCUGGUGCGUGGGUCCUGUUCUGGACAUUAUACAGGAUUCACGUACCCGGUGGAAGAUUAUACUGGGUUUCCCUUCCCUUUUUCUCACACUUUCUGUGCUACUUUGGAUGGUGGGCGAGUCUGCGGUGGUGGGGGGCAACAAUGUGUAUCAAUGGUGUGGGUACGUGACGGUGGCGUCAUGGGGGGUCCUGCUGCUUCGCUGCUGCGGACAAAGGCGGUUCCAAGUCGUAUUCGUAACGAAGCCUCACGAGGAAUGA